UUGGUCAGAUCCAAGCGCACGCACAUUCAAUAUUCUAAAAUUCGGCGACUCCACUUGUUUAUAUUUGAAUGUAAAGUCCCGAGUGCUUAAGAGUUUCUGUUUAAACUUGUGAUCAUGAGCGGAAACAAAGUUUCGACAGAAGGAGCUGCGAUGGAAGUCCGGAUUAACUACAGAAACUUUCCCAGCAACCUGUCGCAUUUGGUGACUGAUCCUCAGAUCUGUUCAAUCUGCUGGGAUGAUACUGGGGAAGGAAUACUGAUCUGUCCGGAGGCCUUCAAAGCUGAAGUGCUAUCUACAGCCAACAAGAAGAAGAACAAGUACUUCAGAACGGCAAAUUUCAUCAGUUUUGUUCGCCAGCUAAACCUGUACGGCUUCAGAAAAGUGUGCCCGGACUAUAAGAUCUCUUUGACGCAAGUCAGCUUCAUACAGCACUUUUACAACCCCGACUUCAAACAGGUGAACCCAGAGCUUCUGGUCAACCUAAAGCGACUCACGCCUUCCAACAGGUCCAAGCUUGCCGCCGGGCCAGAAGUGUCCAAGCAGUCGAGUCCUUCCCAUGAUCCGAUGCUGAAUUCACCAGAGAACUCUACUGUUGUCGAGAAUCAUUGCUGUAUCCCGGGCUCCUUGGAUUCAAACAUGACCUGCUCCCAACAAGAAGCUGCCUCUGGCGCUCCUUGUGGCUAUUAUCCUGACUACUCAUUUAGCCAAAUCCUGCACACUGUCCAGGAUCCAAAGUGGCAAUCAGCUGAUGCUCCAGAUCCAAGGAAGAGUCACGUGAACCUGGAUACUGUAUUCGAUGUGGAAUACGAAAUGCAGGCUGCUGCGUUGUUCACUCUGCUUACCAAUGUCAACUUAUAAUAAAGACAGUUAAUUAUCAAAGCCAUCUCUUGUAUUUUUCUAAACCAUUUCUUUAAUAAAAACACAUGAAACAUGACAAUA